AUGGCUCACACACCAAUGCAGACUUGUCCAUGCCACGCCACAGGCGAAGAUCCCGCAGAAAUCACAACUCUGCACCAAGCAGCUUUUCAUCAAAACAACCAACGACUAGAAGAGCUCCUGCAAAACGGUGCAGACGUAUCAGCUACGCAAACGGCUCGUGACUUCACACCACUUCAUUAUGCCGUUCAAUUUGGAGAUGAGAAAGCUGUGCAGAUGCUCAUUGAAGCUGGGUCCGACGUCUCUGCAGCAAGCUAUGAUGGUGUCACGCCGUUACACAACACAUCUGCAGGCGGCGAUGUGAGGAUCACCGAAAUGCUCUUGAAGGUGGGAGCAAAUGUUGACAGCCGCAACAUCGAUGAAGAAACGCCUCUUCAUGUCGUGCCAUUGUUCGGGGAGACACAAAUCGCAAAGCUCCUCAUAGAGGCUGGGGCGGAUAUCUCAGCAAAGGAUUGCUAUGGAAACACGGCUUUGCAUAUUGCUGCAUCCCAUGAGCAUAUCGGGAUUGUCGAAGCUCUUGUUGCCGCCGGCGCUGAUCUUAACGCCGUGAAUAACAAUGGGGAUCCAGUGCUGCAUCAUGCAAUGAGCGACGGACCAGGAUGUGUCAAACUUCUUAUCGAUCAUGGAGCGAAUGUUCAUCUCAAAGGCGAAGGCGGUGAUACUCUUCUGCAUCGCGCUGCGCAGAGCUCACCUGAACUGGUGCGAGACUUGGUCAAAGCUGGGAUUGACCUUAAGGCAACUAACGACGAAGGAGCAACGGCGCUCCAUUGUGCUGCAGCAUGGGGAGAGACUGUGUCACUGCAGAUUCUGAUUGAGAGUGGAGGAAAUGUCAACGCGGCUAACAAUGAUGGAGAGACGGUUCUGCAUCUUGUGGCGGGGAACCCUUCUUCCAGAAGUGGAGAUGAUUCAGAGACGAAGGCUAAGCUUUUGAUUGAGGCGGGAGCAGAUAUCAAUGUGGAAACAAAGUCUGGCAAGACGCCUUUGGGUUAUGCGGUUGAUUCUGAAGGCGAGGCUGUUGAGAAAAUACUCCGCGAGAUGGGGGCGGCGUAA